AUGGCGAGCCCCGCGGACGCCGAGGGCUUCUCGGACGUGCGCAAGGUGGGCUACCUGCGCAAACCCAAGAGCAUGCACAAGCGCUUCUUCGUGCUGCGGGCGGCCAGCGAGGCGGGGGGCCCGGCGCGCCUGGAGUACUACGAGAACGAGAAGAAGUGGCGGCACAAGUCGAGCGCCCCCAAACGCUCGAUCCCCCUCGAGAGCUGCUUCAACAUCAACAAGCGGGCCGACUCCAAGAACAAGCACCUGGUGGCCCUCUACACCCGGGACGAGCACUUCGCGAUCGCGGCGGACAGCGAGGCCGAGCAGGACAGCUGGUACCAGGCCCUCCUGCUGCUGCAUAACCGCGCCAAGAGCCACCACGACGGGGCCGCGGCCCCCGGGACCGGGACGGGGGGCGGCGGCGGCGGCGGCGGCGGCGGGGGCAGCUGCAGUGGCAGCUCCGGCCUGGGCGAGGCCGGCGAGGACCUGAGCUUCUUCGGCGACUGCAACCCCGGGCCCGCCUUCAAAGAGGUCUGGCAGGUGGUCUUGAAACCCAAGGGCCUGGGCCAGACAAAGAACCUGAUCGGCAUCUACCGCCUCUGCCUGACCAGCAAGACCAUCAGCUUCGUGAAGCUGAACACGGAGGCGGCCGCCGUGGUGCUGCAGCUGAUGAACAUCCGGCGCUGCGGGCACUCGGAGAACUUCUUCUUCAUCGAGGUGGGCCGCUCCGCCGUCACCGGGCCCGGGGAGUUCUGGAUGCAGGUGGACGACUCGGUGGUGGCCCAGAGCAUGCACGAGACCAUCCUGGAGGCCAUGCGGGCCAUGAGCGACGAGUUCCGGCCUCGCAGCAAGAGCCAGUCUUCCUCCAACUGCUCCAACCCCAUCAGCGUGCCCCUGCGCAGGCACCACCUCAACAACCCGCCGCCCAGCCAGGUGGGGCUGACCCGCCGCUCCCGCACCGAGAGCAUCACGGCCACCUCGCCCGCCAGCCUGGUGGGCGGCAAGCAGGGCUCCUUCCGCGUCCGCGCCUCCAGCGACGGCGAAGGCACCAUGUCCCGCCCGGCCUCGGUGGACGGCAGCCCCGUGAGCCCCAGCACCAACAGGACGCACGCCCACCGCCAUCGGGGGGGCUGCUCGCGGCUGCAUCCCCCGCUCAACCACAGCCGGUCCAUCCCCAUGCCUUCCUCCCGCUGCUCGCCCUCGGCCACCAGCCCCGUCAGCCUGUCCUCGAGCAGCACCAGCGGGCACGGCUCCACCUCGGACUGCCUUUUCCCGCGGAGAUCCAGCGCUUCCGUGUCCGGCUCCCCGAGCGACGGCGGCUUCAUCUCCUCCGACGAGUACGGCUCCAGCCCCUGCGAUUUCCGGAGCUCCUUCCGCAGUGUCACCCCGGAUUCCCUGGGCCACACCCCGCCGGCCCGCGGGGAGGAGGAGCUGAGCAACUACAUCUGCAUGGGAGGCAAGGGGGCCGCCUCCACGCUCGCCGCCCCCAAUGGCCACUACAUCUUGCCGUCUCGGGGUGGCAAUAGCCACCGCUACCUCCCGGCCGCUGGCACCACGAACUCGGCCCAGGCUGGGGAGGACGCGGUCGGUGCUGCUGCUGCUGCCGAGCUGGACAAUCGGUUUCGCAAGCGGACUCACUCCGCUGGCACAUCCCCCACCAUCUCCCACCAGAAGACCCCGUCGCAGUCCUCCGUGGCUUCCAUUGAGGAGUAUACAGAGAUGAUGCCCGCCUGCCCACCAGGAGGGGGCAGUGGAGGCCGGCCGCCCGGCCACCGGCACUCCGCCUUCCUGCCCACCCAGUCCUACCCGGAGGAGGGUCUGGACAUGCUCCCCCUGGAGCGCCGCGCAGGGGGCCAAGGCCGCCCCGACACCUCCAGCCUCCACACGGAUGAUGGCUACAUGCCCAUGACCCCAGGAGUGGCCCCGGUGCCAGGCAGCCGGAAAGGCAGCGGGGACUACAUGCCGAUGAGCCCCAAGAGUGUGUCUUCCCCGCAGCAGAUCAUCAACCCCCUCAGACGCCAUCCCCAGAGGGUGGACCCCAAUGGCUACAUGAUGAUGUCCCCAAGUGGCAGCUCCUCCCCGGACCCUGCGGGUGGGCCCAGCAGCAGCAGCAGCAGCAACAGUGCCGCCCCUCCUCGGAGUAGCUAUGGGAAGCCGUGGACAAAUGGGGUUGGGGGCCACCCCUCCCACCCUCUGCCACCCUCCAAACUCCCCCCGGAGAGCAGCGGUGGGAAGCUCUUGCCUGGUACAGGCGACUACAUGAACAUGUCACCGGUGGGGGACUCCAGCACCAGCAGCCCCUCCGACUGCUACUGCGGCCCCGAGGACCCUCAGAACAAGCCGGUGCUCUCCUACUACUCAUUGCCAAGGUCCUUUAAGCACACCCAGCGCCCGGGGGACCCGGAGGAGGCCGCCCGGCACCAGCACCUGCGCCUUUCCUCCAGCUCUGGCCGCCUUCUCUAUGCUGCAGCCGCCGAAGAUUCCUCUCCCUCCACCAGCAACGACAGCCUGGGUGGGGGAUACCCCGGGGGGAAGCCCGAGCCCAGCCUUCCGCCUCAACUCCACCAUCAGGUCCUGCAGACCCAUCUGCCUCGAAAGGUGGACUCGGCUGCGCAGACCAACAGCCGCCUGGCUCGGCCCACGAGGCUUUCCCUGGGGGACCCCAAGGCCAGCACCUUACCUCGGGCUCGAGAGCAGCAGCAGCCCGCGGCCCUCCUGCUCCCUCCGGAGCCCAAGAGCCCGGGGGAAUAUGUGAACAUAGAGUUUGGGAGUGAUCAGCCUGGCUACUUAUCCGGCCCCGUGGCAUCCCACAGCUCACCUUCCGUCAGGUGUCCGUCCCAGCUGCAGCCAGCUCCCAGGGAGGAAGAGUCUGGCACCGAAGAGUACAUGAACAUGGACCUAGGGCCUGGCCGGAGGGCAGCCACCUGGCAGGAGAGCCCUGCGGUCCAGCCGGGCAGAGUGGGCCCUGCACCUCCAGGGACCGCCAGCACAUGCAGGCCUACCCGGGCAGUGCCUAGCACUCGGGGUGACUACAUGACCAUGCAGGUGGGUUGUCCCCAUCCGAGCUAUGUGGACACCUCUCCAGUCGCCCCUGUCAGCUACGCUGAUAUCCGGACAGGCGUUGUGGAGGAGGCGAGCCUUCCCGGGGCUGCAGCAGCUGCUCCCUCCUCGUCCUCAACAGCCUCUGCUCCCCCCACUGCACCUCAAGGAGCAGGGGAGCUGGUGGCCCCGCAGGGGUCCGGGGGCACGAGUGCCUUCACCCGGGUGAACCUCAGUCCCAGUGGCAACCAGAGUGCCAAAGUGAUCCGCGCAGACCCGCAAGGGUGCCGGAGGCGGCAUAGCUCUGAGACCUUCUCCAUGCCUAGCGCCCCCCGGGCCGGCAACACGGUGCCCUCAGCGGGGGCUGCAGUAGGGGGCAGCAGUGGCGGCGGUGGCAGCAGCAGCAUUGAGGAUGUGAAACGUCACAGCUCUGCUUCCUUUGAGAACGUGUGGCUGAGGCCUGGGGAGCUCGGGGGAGCACCCAAAGAGCAGGCUCCAGUGCGAGGGGCUGCAGGCGGUUUGGAGAAUGGUCUGAACUACAUAGACCUGGAUUUGGUCAAGGACUUCAAACAGCGCCCCCAGGAGCACCGCCCUCAGGGGCAGCGUCCCCAGCCCCCAACCCGUCAUCAUCAUCAUCCUCCAGGCAGCAGUGAGAGCAGCUCCUCCAGCCGCUCCAGGGAGGAUGUAAGCGCCUAUGCCAGCAUCAGUUUCCAGAAGCAGCCAGAGGACCUCCAGUAG